GCGCCCCGACGGCCUUAUGAUCACUGGCCCGAACAUGGCGGCGAGGCGGAAGCUGGCCCUUUUAGCGGAUGAGUUGGUCCCUGCCGGAGGCUCCGAUGGAUGGCCCCCUCCUCAUCCCGCCGACGACACGGUGGAGCUCCUCACGGAACUGGUGUCUUGCCUGGAGUGGACACUGGCAGCAGCACAGCGG